AUGUCCCGCCUAGCUCGAUAUACUAUCCUUAUCCUUGCGGUCAUUGUAUGCGCCUUCGAUGUCUUCUGUAAGCUUGUCGCUGAUAUUUCCAAGGUAGGCGUGCACUACACCCUCUCUUACAUCCACGGCGAGUACGGCCGAGCUACUGCUUUCUCCAAUAUUGCCUCAAAAUUCCGAGGCGGUGACGACCAGCUGCCCUAUGAUGACGAGUCGACGCCCGACUCCUACACUCCACAGCCAAAUCCAAACCCGGAAUCGCAGCCGUCAGGACCACGGCUGGCCAACGCGACAUUCGUAAUGCUUGCAAGGAACUCUGACCUUGACGGUGCCAUGCGGGCUGUUCGCGCCGUUGAAGACCGGUUCAACACGCGCCAUGGGUAUCCGUAUGUCUUUUUGAACGACGUCGAGUUUUCGAGCGAGUUCAAGAGACGGAUGUCUGUACUGACGGGAUUCAAUGCAGUUUUUGGUGUCAUACCGAGUGAACAUUGGAACCAGCCCGAUUGGAUAGACGAGGAUAAGGCAACGGAGGCUCGGAAAUCUAUGGUAGCAGCGAACGUGAAAUAUGGAGUCCAUAGCUAUCGAAACAUGUGUCGCUUCAAUUCUGGAUUCUUCUUCAAACAUCCUCUGCUACAAAAGUACCGAUGGUACUGGCGUAUUGAGCCGAAUGUGCAAUUCCACUGCAAUAUUUUGAAUGAUCCUUUCUUAUUCCUUGAGGAGAACAACAAAGUAUACGGCUUUACUAUUACCGUAUACGAGAUCGCUGCGUCCAUACGGUCAUUAUGGGGGCAUGUCACAGACUUCAUCGCCCAACACCCUGAACAUAUUGCAGAAGACAACUCUAUGGGCUUCCUUUCAGGAAAUCGCGGCAAAACAUACAACACCUGUCAUUUUUGGAGUAAUUUCGAGAUAGCCGACAUGGAUUUUUGGCGCGGAUCUGCUUAUACUGACUUUUUCGAGUACCUGGAUAAGACAGGCGGGUUCUAUUACGAACGCUGGGGCGACGCGCCUGUCCACAGCAUUGCGGCCGCACUCUUCCUCCGAAAGGACCAGAUACAUUUCUUCGAAGAGAUCGGAUACCAGCAUGAUGACUGGAGCCAUUGUCCGAUUCCAGAGGAUCUAUGGAUCAAGGGUCGGUGCUCGUGCGACCAGAGACAUAGCUUUGACUAUGAUGGGAGUUCGUGUAAAAAACGGUGGGAUCGAUUUAUGAAUGGCUCGUGA